AGAGGAUCGUGAACUGGCGGGAGGCGAAGAAGAAGGACCCGGAUGUGGGCGAAGACACCGAACAAACAAAUCGCUUCGUCGUCGUAUUAUGUUCGAUAUGUGAAUCAGAAUCUUUAUUUUAUGCUCGAUAUUUUUUUAUUGUUGUAUAUAAAUGUGUGAGACGAAUGAAAAAGUCAGCUAAUUGCCGCGAAUAAGCCACCGCGAGCUACUUUUAGCUCCCUAGCUUUAGCUUGUGUUUAGCCCGCUUGUGUCCGGAAGCUAACAAGAAGAAGAACCAACAUGAGCGACGACGACAGCCCGACGCCGAGCAGCAAAGACUCCGCCAUCCUGCUGACCAAAGACGGCCAGCGCUACAUCGUGGGCGACAGCCGCUCGGUCGACAGCCGAGACGUGAUCACCCUGAUCCCCAUGGACGCGGACAUGGACGACGCGGACGAGGAGAGCGACGUGCUGGACAGCUCGGACCCCCGGGACAGCGCCGCCAGCCCCGAGGAGAUGAUGGACGAGGACGGCCUGGAGGGCGACGGUCACGCCCCCAAGCAGUGCACCUACGACGGCUGCACGGAGACCACCACGCAGGUGGCCAAGCAGAGGAAGCCGUGGAUGUGCAAGAAGCACCGCAACAAGAUGUACAAAGACAAGUACAAGAAGAAGAAGAGCGACCAGGCCAUGUCCAGCAACAAACUAGACGACAACCCAGAGGAAAGGCCCGUGUCGGUCAACAAGCAGCGUUUGGGGGCCGUGGGGGACCGGCCAGCCAGACCCUCCCUCAUCGAGCAGGUCCUCAACCAGAAAAGACUGUCCCUGCUGAGGAGUCCCGAGGUGAUCAGCUUCCUGCAGCGCCAGCAGCAGCUCCUGGCCGCACAGAGCCGCACCGUGGCACAGCAGCAGAACUUUCCGGGCUGCUGACAGGUCACCUGCAUGGACGUGUAAGCUUCCUCUGUAUUUAUUGACAAAGACGUGAUGUGCUUUGACAUGUAAGCAGUGAACGUUUUCAAAGCUAAAUGUUUGAUUUGCACUAACGCAGGGGUGGGGAACCUGUGGCUCUAGAGCCAGAUGUGGCUCUAGAGCCAGAUGUGGCUCUUUUGAUGACUGCAUCUGGCUCUCAGACAAAUCUUAGCUGACAUUGCUUAACGCGAUAAUUAUGAAUAAUUUCGCUGGUAAUCACAGUGCUAAAAAUAAUGUGCAAAAUAUAAAACAUUCUCAUGCAUUUAUAUCCAUCCAUCCGUUUCAUACCGCACCUGUUCAAGAAGUUGCAUUAAUGGUAAGAAGUAUUUUAUGUCACGAUGGGGGGGGGGGGGGUUGCAGCUUGCUGCGGGGUCGUGUUCCCAGGAAGGCAGACGGACUACUCGGGACAUGGCAUUUAGGUAAAAACAUGAUUUAAUUUUAACUAAAAAAAGACACAAACAAAAAUCGCUCACAGCGGAGGCACAACUUGGGCUAAAGAACAAAGCCUACGCAUAAACAGACUAAGAACAUAAAUCAAACAAAACUUACUUGGCAUGGCAUGAAGCAGGAAACUAUGGCAAGGCAUGAAUCAAGUCAGCACAGGGCGACUGACUGGCAAAGACGAGCUUAAAUGCUGCCUCUGAUUAGUGCUCGGGAAGCAGGUCCACCAGAGACAGGUGGACAAAAUGAGUAACCAAGGAAACCAGACAAAUGACCAAACAAAAACAUGAUCAAAAGACAUGACAUUUUAUUUAUUAUUGGUUAGCUUCAGAAUAACAAUGUUAUUAAAAAGAAGAAGAGACUUAUUAUACUCAAAAAAUGUUGGUCUUACUUGAAAAUGCACUCAUUUAGUUGUAUUCAGUGUUAAAAAAUGUUAGAUGUCUCUCACGGAAAUAAUUAGCGCUUGCUGCAGGGUCGUUCUCCCAGGAAGCCAGAUGGCAUUUAGGUAAAAACAUGAUUUAAUUUUAUCUAAAAAAAAAUAUACAAACAAAAAUCGCUCACAGCGGAGCUUCAGAAUAAUGUUAUUAAAAAGAAGAAGACUUAUUAUACUCGAAAAAUGUUGGUCUUACUUAAAAAUGCACUCAUUUAGUUGUAUUCAGUGUUAAAAAAUGUUAGAUGUCUCUCACGGAAAUAAUUAGCGCUUGCUGCGGGGUUGUUCUCCCAGGAAGCCAGACGGCAUUUAGGUAAAAACAUGAUUUAAUUUUAUCUAAAAAAAAGAUACAAACAAAAAUCGCUCACAGCGGAGGCACAACUUGGGCUAAAGAACAAAGCCUACGCAUAAACAGACUAUGAACAUAAAUCAAACAAAACUUACUUGGCAUGGCAUGAGGCACGAAACUAUGGCAAGGCACGAAACAAGUCAGCACAGGGCGACUGACUGGCAAAGACGAGCUUAAAUACUGCCUCUGAUUAGUGCUCGGGAAGCAGGUCCACCAGAGACAGGUGGACAAAAUGAGUAACCAAGGAAACCAGACAAAUGGCCAAACAAAAAUUAUUUAUUUAUUUAUUAUUGGUUAGCUUCAGAAUAACAAUGUUAUUAAAAAGAAUAAGAGACUUAUUAUACUCAAAAAAUGUUGGUCUUACUUAAAAAUGCACGCAUUUAGUUGUAUUCAGUGUUAAAAAAUGUUAUAUGUCUCUCACGGAAAUACAUUUUGAAAUAUUUGGCUUUCAUGGCUCUCUCAGCCAAAAAGGUUCCCGACCCCUGCACUAACAGAAGGAAAAUGUUCAACACCUCCUAUUGUGUGAGUGAAAUGAAAUGAUUGUGAAGUCAUUGGAGAAAACUUUAAUAGAGAAUAAACAACACAUCAUCCAAACAUUGGUCAGUAAGUUUAAAUAGAAUAAUAUUAUCACACACAAAGUGCCAUGACCACCAGCUAAAUGAGAUUCAGUCUUACAGUAAACAAGAGGUUUGGGAACGUGGGGGGUGGGGGGUAGCAGUAGAGGCGGCGCUAGGACACGGAGGAGAUGGGGUUGUGCGGCGAGCCCAUCUGGGUCAGGACCUUGUCCAGCCACUGCAGGGGCCCGUGCAGGUGCACCUCGAUCCAGCAGGGGGUGCUGGUCACGUCCUGGCGGUGGUACUCUGCCCCCCAACCCUGCAGAGAUCAGGUUGCUCUUACAUAAAUAUUUGUCCACAAUAUUUUCAAACACCAAAAUUGUCCCGUCCAAUUCCAAAAGGUAAAUACGACAAACUGAAGUUGUUAAUCUGACCCUACAAUAAACAAUGCAUGAUAAUAAUUACUAAUCUUAUGUAUAUUUAGACCUGAUCUUUUCUCCUACUCGUUAACAUUUAAUUGAACAUAUUCAGUGGACUAGUGGUAAGUGUCCCCCCUGAGAUGGGUAGGUUGUGAGUUCAAACCCCGGCAGAGUCAUACCAAAGACUAUAAAAACGGGAGCCACCUCCCUGCUUGGCACUCCGCAACAAGAGUUGGAUUUGGGGGUUAAAUAAACAAAAAUGAUUCCCGGGCGCGGCUGUCGCUCACCUCUCAGGAGGUGAUCAAGGGUGAUGGGUCAAAUGCAGAGAAUAAUUUUGCCACACCUGGUGUGUGUGUGACAAUCAUUGGUACUUUAACUUUAAUACAUGCAAAUCUCUCAAAAUGAAUAAAACUGACUAAAUUGGAUAAAAUCCAUUCAUCCUAUUUCUACCACUUGUACCUUUUGGGGUAACGGGGAGUGAGCCUAUCUCCGCUGCAUUCAGGCGGAAGGCGGUGUACACCCUGGAUAAGUCGCCACCUCAUCACAGGGCCGACACAGAUAGACAACAUGCACACUCACAUUCACACACUUAGUGUUGCCAAGCAACCUAUCCCCCGCUGCAUGUUUUUGGAGGUGGGAGGAAGCCGAAGUACCCGGGGAGAACAUGCAAACUCCACACAGAAUAAAGUUAAAAGUACCAAUGAUUGUCACACACACACUAGGUGUGGCAAAAUUAUUCUCUGCAUUUGACCCAUCACCCUUGAUCACCCCCUGGGAGGUGAGGGGAGCGGUGGGCAGCAGCGGUGGCCACGCCCGGGAAUCAUUUUUGGUGAUUUAACCCCCAAUUCCAACCUUUUGAAGCUGAGUGCAGACCACAAGCUCGGGGAUCGAACCCAAGACCUUUGAAUUAUGAGGCACAUGCACUAACCACUGGAUCAAAUCAUUUCUCACAAUUAUUUAGAAUACAUCCAUGGCACAAACAUGCUGUGACCGCCCUUGCCUUUUUACUUGUUAAUGGACGAGGGAUGUGACAAUAAACUGUAUAAUAAUAAUUUGCGAUAAAAUUCCAGACAGGUGGUAAUAAGUCAAAUUUUUAAAUUACCGAAAAACCAUGAUUUAUUAACGCAUUUUCGGCAACAGGAUUUCCGGCGCAUGCGCACUAACGCCAUUUGGCUUGAUCAUCAUGGCGGUCAUAGCUCGGUUGGUAGAGCGGCCGUGCCAGCAACUGGAGGGUUCCAGGUUCGAUUCCCGCCUUUGCCAUCCUAGUCACUGCCGUUGUGUCCCUGGGCAAGACACUUCACCCACGUGCUCCCAGUGCCACCCACACUGGUUUAAAUGUAACUUAGAUAUUGGGUUUCACUCUGUAAAGCGCUAUAUAAAUAUAAAUUAACUUAACUUAAUAACUUUGCCGCGGAGAUUUCCCCUCAGAGUAAACGGAGCCAAGCCAUUUUCUCUGGCUUCCUGCUGUGCAUAAAGAGCACAACGCUGUUUAGAUGGAGACAAAUGUGGACAAUAUUGGAGAGACUUGUCCCACACUAAAAGUACACAGCCAAGGAGAAAACUAUUUGAUGUUUUCACAACUUGUUAAUAAAGUCUUGUUAAUAGAGUCCCCCGGCCCAGGAUGCCCAAAAUGUCCAAAACGCGCCCAGCCGAGUAGCACUGGAAGGUGGGUAGAAAAGUUGGCAAAAGUCCCAGAAAUGUUCAUAAAUCACACGCAGGUUCGAGUCCCACAAGUCCUUUACUUUGUUGACUGGGAUGUUCACUCCUUUUAUUUAACUGCAAACUGUAUCAGUGUUCAAAUAACAUCAAUACUAGCUCAAAUGUUUUGUCAUUUCAUCAAAGUGAAGGGUGGACUUGUUGGACAGGAAGAUAUUCAACAGGAACACCUUGAAACUUAGUAACAGCUGCGUGAUGGAUAUCAAACAAGCCAUUGACUCACACAACAAAAAGACUGUGAGCACACACAGACAAGCAACCGCUAAGGACUCUAAACUCCACAGAUAACUGCAAUUGCAGACAAAGGCUUCUGCCCACGUAAGAGUAACUGUUUAAAAACCUCAGUUGUUUACCAAGCCAGCGUCACCUGCAAGGACAACCCAAAACAGAGACAUACAUGCGACUCACAGAAAAUAAUUUUAAAGCCCACUAUAACAAUCAUACAGCAGCCUUCUGUAGCCCCAAUUCUACAAAGCUGAGGAAAUACAUAAAGACUCUUAAAGACAAUAAAUUGAUUACGCUAUUACAUGGCCAAUUGUCACAUCCAGCUCACCAUACAACUGCAGCUAAAAUAAGUAACAUGCGCCUGAAAUAAAAAAUAAAUAUUGUAUACCACCCCAGCAUGUCCACUUUAAACAAACGCAACAAACUGGUCUCAUCUUGCUGGCACAGAAGCAAGGCAUUACUGUGUAACAAUGGCCACUCCCCCAUGUAAUGUACCCUAUAAAUAUGUAUGUGUAACACCCAGACAGACUUCAAUAAAGUCCCCUGAAGAGCAGGGAAACCUGCGAAACAGGUUUGUAGGGAUGAAGAUGAA